GCAACAUCACCAUCACCAAUACCCCACCAUCAAACAUUACCGUAUCCCAAUCCCAUCAAAUCUAUCCCAAAUCUCCCAAAUUGCGUUUCACAUCCCGCCGCUUUCGCCCAGCCGUUGUCCCAGGAUUUUCAAAACCCCGUCAGCCCGUGUAAUAUCGGACCCUGGCGCUUCGCCGAUAAGAUAGACCACCGUUCUGACGUCUGCCAAAAACCAUCGAUGCGGACGAGCAAGGACCCUUGUACCAAUCUAUUCAACCGCCUGGGAUAGCAGCCAACAUCUGCUGCAGACAAUAGGGGCAGAAGAGUCGUCGAGCGUGCAUUGCAUUGGUCGUGUGGGUUAUCCGCAAUCACGAGACGGCGGUCGAAGCCGGUAGAGUGGUGGAGUAGACUUUGAGGGUUGACCUGGACGUUCGGGGUUCGCAGUUGGCGCUAGUCUUGAUAGGAUCGUGAGUAUCGAUUACGGAUCAAUAGACAAGGAGCGAGAAAAUGAAGAUUGAGGGAGUGGAAGUGGUGUUGCUCGAUAUCGAGGGCACCAUCCUUCCCAUUGACUUUGUCAAAAAAGAGCUAUACCCCUACGCUCUCCGAGGACUUCCCAAGCUCCUCGACCAGCACUUCAAGAAACCCAUUCCCGCGCUCGUCGAGCCCAUCGCUCUCUUCCCCCCUGAGGUCCGCCGCAGUCCAGCAGAUCUCUAUACCCACCUGCAUGAUCUCACCGAAAAGGACAUCAAGCACCCCGGCCUCAAGCAACUACAAGGCCAUGUCUGGCGCCAAGGCUACCGAGACGGCGUGCUGAGAGCUCGACUGUUCCCCGACGUCAAACCCGCUUUUGAUCGCUGGGCCGCGAACGGCAAAACGCUUGCGAUCUAUUCGAGUGGGAGCGUACAGGCGCAACGGCUGCUGUUCCAGCAUGUCGAGGAUCCAGAAAAUCCAGGGCCGGAUACGGUGAAGGAUUACGAAGGGUACUUCGACCAAAAUUACUUCGAUACGCAGAAUGCCGGGAUGAAGGCGGAGCAGGUGAGCUAUGUGAAGAUUGCGGCAGCGCUGGGGAAGAAGCCCGAGAGCAUUCUGUUUUUGAGUGAUAGUGACAAAGAGGUCCUCGCGGCCAAGUUAGCGGAUAUGCAAUCCGUGCUUGUUCAGAGGCCGGGGAACCCGGAGCAGGACAUGGCGGCGCUGUUGGAUGUUGUGGGAACUUUCGAUGAGUUGAAUUUGGUCUGAAAAGGGGGAGAAGGGUUCAUUCCAUGUUGGCAUUAUUCAUGAAUACUAGUACUAUUGCAUACUCGGUGUUGGGUUUGACUUCAGUAUUCCUAGACUAAAGUUAUCCUGACCCUGUUCUAUAGGGCCGUUUCCUAGACUCCCAUGCUAGAGCCUAAUGUUCCAAUGGUUCCAACGCCAUGCGGAUACGUAAAUCGCU